AUGACCUUACUUUCAAAUAGCGCCGUGGUAAUCAAUAGACCAUUGAGAUGUUGCUGCUCCUGCUGUUUAGAACAGCAGACAGCGCGGAGUGCCACGCGAAAUAGAGACCAUGUCUGGACGUAUUUAACACGUGAUUUUGCUCAUAAACUCAAGUACACGUUAACUCCGCAUGUUCCAUCCAUCCAUUGGGCUCGUUUUCAAAGUAAAAGCCCAUCAACCGUCGAUUGUAGGGAAUUUGGCUCUAUGCCAGGGCGGGAGAACUGGACAAUGUCUGGAAUGUGUAUGUCUGUGUGA